AUGGUUAAAGAUGUCCCUCAAUACUGGGGUCGAGGCAUGCUUGCUGGUCUUGUUGCCCUUGGUCUUGUUUACAGAGAUCGUGCUGCCUUUGAUGAAAAGCGGCCGGAUAUCCACCAAGAAUCCGGCUGGCCCAUCCUUGGUAAUAUCCCGGAAAUACUUAAAUGGGUCCCUUAUUUCCAUGAAUUCGGUCACGAAGCCUUUACUCGCAUGGAUCAAUUGACUGGUAAAUUAAGCGUCUUUGUUGUCCCUGCCUAUAUUGCCACGAUCAAUCCGAAAAACGUCGAACACAUUCUCAAAAGUCCGGAAUUCCAUGCUGCCCUAGGUGACCUAUUCGGUAACGGUAUCUUCAAUGCCAACGGCGAGGAGUGGCGCUACCAAAGAAAGACGGCCAGUCUUGUUUUUAACGUCAAGAACUUCAGAGAUGAUUUUACAUCCGUCUUUGUGCAAGAAAUGGAUUUUAUGUCAAAGCACAUCCUUGAUAAGGCCGCCGAUGAGUGUCAAGUACUUGAUUUUCAUGACCUCAUGUACAAGUUCACCUUGGACUCUUUUGUCUUACUCGGUUUUGGCGUACAUCUCAAUGCAAUGGCUCAAAAGGGCAAAGUUCAGUUCGCGGAAGCAUUCGAUGAUGCCCAGAAGAAUACUUUUUUACGCUUCAUCAACCCUGCACAUGUUGUUAGCGAAGCGUUAACCAAACUGUUUUAUCCAAACAGUAACUCCAUGAAGGACAACCUCAAAAUUGUUGAUACCUUUGCUCGUGAAGUCACUGAAAAGCGUCGCGAAGAGCUUGCCAGCGGCAAAGAGUAUCGUGAUCUUUUGUCGCGCUUUAUGACCGCAAAGAACAUGAACGGUCAAGAUUUAAGCAAUGAUGAGCUUCGCGACAUUGUGCUCAACUUUAUCAUCGCUGGUCGAGACACAACUGCGCAGGCAUUGAGCUGGUGUUUCCAUUUACUGUGCCAGCAUCCUCGUGUCGAGCGAAAACUGUACAAAGAAGUUGACGAAAAUAUCACCGAAGAGCUUUUACGCGAUGCACCCGCUCUCUUUGAAGUCAUCAAAAACAUGAAAUACGCACAUGCAGUAUUCUAUGAAGUUUUGCGACUUUACCCAUCUGUGCCCCUCAAUAUGAAGUAUGCUCUUAACGACGAUGUCUGGCCUGACGGCACUCAUAUCCGCAAGGGAGACUACAUUCUUUGGCAUCCUUUUGCUCAGGGUCGCUCGCAAAAAGUUUGGGGCGAAGAUGCCCGUGAAUUUGUUCCCGAGCGCUGGAUUACCCCUGAUGGUGAACUGAGACGCGAAUCCCAAGGCCAAUGGCCAGCUUUCCAUGCUGGACCCCGCGUAUGUCUUGGGCAACACUUGGCGACCUUGGAAAGCUUGAUUGCCAUUUCGUACCUCAUGAAAUAUUACAGAUUCUCUUUGGUUCCAGGUCAGAAUGUCACAUAUCAGGUCUCUUUGACUUUGCCCAUGAAGUAUGGCAUGAAGGUCACUGUCGAGAAGCGUGCCUAA